AUGUUCAACAACCACGAGCUGGCUACAUCGCAAUCUAUUACCAAGAACGUUGUCACUGUCAGAGACAGUCAGACCAAGUCAAAAGAAAAUGAGCGUGUUAACCAUCGUAUCUCCUCCAUGGAUCCAGAGCGCCCUACAAUUCGCAUUCGUUCGAACUCCUCAACUAGAGUUGAGGACCUCCCAAAGCGUUCAACUGCAAACCAAGAGAUUGGGCCCGUCAAGAAGAAGGCUGGAGCUCCUGCUGCCCCGAGAAUCCUCAGAAGCAUGAGUGUUUCCCUCAACGAUGGAUUCGCCCCACCUGCCAACUUUGCGCUUGUUGGCGGCGGAGGUGUCUACAGGAGCAGCUUCCCCAGAGUGGAAAAUUUUGGAUAUCUUAGGCGUUUGGGGUUGAAGAGUGUCCUAACACUUGUUGGGGAGCCAUACCCUGAGGAGAACUUGAAAUUCAUGAAGCAGUGUGGAAUAACCCAUUUCCAGAUUGGCAUGCCUGGAAACAAGGAGCCAUUUGUGAACAUUCCUGAUGAAAAGCUAUCUGCCGCUCUAAAGGUUGUCCUUGAUCGUCGCAAUCACCCAAUCCUUAUUCACUGCAAUAAGGGCAAGCACCGAACCGGUUGUGUUGUCGGCUGCCUGCGCAAGCUCCAGGCAUGGUCUUUGACCCUUAUUUUCGACGAAUACCGUCGCUUCGCCGACCCCAAGAGCCGCGCGCUCGACCAAUUGAAAAUCGAACUGUAUAAGGAAGAAGCUUGCAUGGGUAUUGCAAAGCAAUGGGGUUGGAUGCCGGAAAUAAUGACUGGCGGCGGUUGCUCAUAUCAGGAAUGCACUGACGGGAUUGGUGGAUGUGGAUGCGGUGGACUAGAAGUCCAGGCUCUAUAA